AUGGCGACGUGUGCCUGGUCUGGCCUGGCUGGGCGGCGGGAGCCCGUCGUCGAGAGCUGGAGGGAACACUCGCAGCAGCCACACCAAGAGGCCCACAGUCUCAUUGUCAUCUUCAUUGUCAUCAACACCACACACCACUGUAUCGCCAUCGUCAUGGCAAGCUUUGGCACCAUGAACCAAGGCCCUGGCCGUCCACGCAAGCAAGGAGGGCCGUGGACCACCGCCGAGAACGAGCGACUCACAUUCCUGGUGAACCGACAUGAAAGCAUCAAGAGCCAGCUCCACUGGGUCGAGAUCGCCCGGAAUCACGGUACCAGAGACGCAAAGCAGUGCCGCGAGCGGUGGGACAACCACCUCAAGCCUGGCCUGAACAGGGAAAAGAUCUCUGCGGAGGAGGGAGUAUACAUCUUGGAUUGGGUCAAGGAGAAUGGCAAGCGCUGGGCACCGCUCGGCCGCGAAAUAAAACGUCCCGAGAACAUGGUCAAGAACUACUACUACCAAGAGCACAAGAAGUCAGAGCGCGGAAUCACCAAACACAGGCGUCACGGGAGUCGCCAUCGCCCAUUGCACGACCGUCUUUCAUCUUCCGUGCCAAUGUCGCGGGACAACUCGUCCUCUUCUUCCCACCAGGCAUACGGACGCUCUUCGGCGUCGCCUGUGUACGCCUCCGCCCCUAACGACUACAACCACAGAGUAGCUGGUCAAUAUUACCAGCAUUACACACCCUACGAUUACUCUUCUCGGCGCACCAGCGUGGCGUCUGUCAUGACCAACCCUCCGUCGCUGACCCCAGAUCACGGCUCUCCAGCUGAGUCGCCCCGUGCCGGGGCAGAGAUUCCCUACCCUCCAGGCCAAUUCGCACUUCCGUCAUAUCAUCCGCAGCCUGUCGAGAUCCCAUUGUCCUCGGGCCAUUAUCUUGUCGUCGAGGGCGCAGGACACAAGCGAUCAAACUCGGCAUCAUCUUACGGCUCAUUCUCCAUGGCACACCCUCACAGCCCAACUUCAUUUCCAAUCCGCAUCGGAUUCUUGGACAGACAGAGGCAACCCGCUGUGCAGGCUCCAUCCAUUGCCACCCCUGCCUUCUCUGACAGACGGCCUACUCAGCCGUCACCGCCACGGAAUUCUGAGCAGGCCGCCUCCAAUUCCAGGAAGAACUUGGAUGUGCGCAUGUCUCUCUCACACAUCCUCGGUUGA